AUGAAUCAGGGAUUCAGACCUGGCCCUCCGCAACACCAGCAACACUUUGAUCGCCGACCGCCAUUCGGUGGGCAGGACUUCCGCGGGCCACCUCACCAGCACGAUCGAUUCAAUUCGCCCCACGGGCAACCUAUGCGACCGGAUGAGCGAUUUGGGGGCCCUCCUCAGCAGCAGCUGAUGCCACAUGGACGUGCAGCACCUGCGGCGGACGAUAAACUGACGUCAGUGUACGUUGGGGCGAUCGCGGAAGGGAUCACGGACAACUGUAUGGAACGGAUAUUGAAUGCAUGCGGGCCGGUUCGGAGCUGGAAACGAAUGUCUGACCCCACCGGGAAGCCAAAAGGCUUUGGCUUUUGCGUCUACGAGAACGCGGAAUCCGUCUCUCGCGCGUUGCGAAUCUUGGGUGGAGAAGGACAUGGAGAGCUCUCCGAAGGCAUUGAGCUGGGGCUCCCUGGAGGGGCAAAAACACGUCUAAGGUUGACUGUGGAAGCUACUGCACGGAAUCAUCUCGAAAAAUACAGGGGAACACGAGAGAGCGCGCGCGAUGAGGAGGAAGACCGAGAUAUCCGUGACCGGGUGCUUCACAUCGCAGAGACCUUCGCUGACGACGCGAACAGGGCUGAUGCCGAUGAUCUAAUUCUGUCUGCGAUGGCGGAUGCAGGGAGAGGGGAGUCGCCGGUUCCAGAAAACAAGGAGGAGGACGACCUGCCUGCGGAAAUGCCAGCAGAGCAAAGAGAGCUCAUCUCCCGCGAAAUCUCGAUGUUCCGCGAGCGAUCGGCGGCCAAAGACAGGCAAAAACGUGAAGAAGAGGAAAGACGGUUUGCCCAACAACUGGAUAGGGAUCGGUAUCGAAGACAGUCGGACCAUGGAGCACGAGGGUAUCAACAUGAAGCGCCCACCGAUGAGGAGGAAGUAGAACAGCGGAAGCUGCGCAGGGAGGCCGAAGCCAAGGAGGCGUUUGCAGAGCGGGAGCGCCGAUGGAUGCAACAUGAAGAGGAGAGAUUACGGUGGCUGGCCUCCAUCACAUUGGAAAAGGAGACGGAGGCAAGCGGGCUCGCAGCACGAGCCGAAGACCUGUCCACCAUGCUGUCGGAGUGGAAUGAGGAUGCGGAGUUCAAGUUGGAUGAAGACAGACGUGCGUUCUUUGCCCGCCGCCUACGUCAGCGCCGCGCGGAGCAUGACAUGGACGCGCAAGACCGUGAAGAAGAGAAGCGAGAGCUUGCCCGCAAGGAAGCCGAGCCGGAGGCUAAAGUGGAAGAGGCCGUAUCCCCCACAAAAGAAGUCAUCAUUGGCAAAAUCAUGACCAAGGAAGAGCGGCAUCAGGCUAUUCAGGAUUUGAUUGGCAUUAUUCCGGCCGAUCAGGAGGGAUUGUUUGCUUGGCAUAUCAAAUGGGAUUUCUUGGAUAGUACGGUUCUCAACAACAAGCUCCGACCAUGGGUAACAAAGAAGAUAGUGGAAUAUCUCGGUGGUGAGGAGUCUGACAUUGUGGAAUUCGUAAUGGAGCUGCUACAAAACAAGACACCGGCGCCAAAGUUGCUCGAAGAGAUGGGAGCUGCCUUGGAUCCCGAAGAAGCAGAAGCGUUUGUGAUGGUACUCUGGCGUAUGCUUAUCUACGAGACGGAGGCACGGUCGCAAGGACUUGGCUAG